AUGACAGCUUCGGCAGCUAGUGAUAGUCCGCCAGAAGAUAAAAAUUGGGUGAGCUAUGGUUUCGAUUAUAAUAGCAAGGAAGAAGAUACCAACGUUCAUCAUGCCAGCUUCUUCUUUUCAGUAACACUAUGUCUUGUAUUUGGUGGGUUUGCAUGGGCCUAUGCUCCAGACACACAUUUGAGAGAUUGGGCUCAAAGAGAAGCAUUUUUAGAAUUGCAUCGUCGCGAAAAAGCAGGACUACCACCAAUAGAUCCUAACUAUGUAAAUCCUAAUACAAUACAACUGCCAUCUGAAGAGGAACUUUCUGAUGUAGAAAUUAUUAUU